GUGGAGCUAUAUUACUAUAUCUAUGGAAGAAAGAAAGAAAGAAAGAAAGAAAGAAAGUGAGAGUGAGUGAAGUGAGACAUAGACACAUAAAAUGGAGGGUGAGAAUGAAAAAGUGUGCGUAACAGGAGCUGGAGGAUUUGCUGCCUCCUGGGUCGUCAAGCUUCUUCUCUCUCGGGGCUAUAUUGUCCAUGGAACCGUCAGACAACCAGGUGAUAGCAAGUAUGAGCACUUGAACAAGCUUGAGAAAGCAUCAGAGAAUCUGAAACUGUUCAAGGCAGAUUUGCUGGACUAUGAUUCACUAUGCUCCGCGAUUUCGGGAUGCAGCGGUGUGUUCCAUGUGGCCAGUCCUGUACCUACAACCGAGGUAAAAGACCCCGAAGCAGAAGUACUUGAACCAGCUGUGAGGGGAACACUUAAUGUGCUGAAAGCUUGCUUAGAGGCCAAGGUGAAGAGAGUUGUGCUUGUGUCCUCUACAGCUGCUGUUGUGAUGAACCCGAACUGGCCCAAGGAUCAAGUCAAGGACGAGAGCUGUUGGUCUGAUACUGAAUAUAUAAAAACCACUAGUAUGAAAACUUCUAAGAAAUGGUAUUAUGUUUCGAAAACACAAGCAGAGAGGGAGGCUCUGGAGUUUGGAAGAACAACUGGACUUGAGGUUGUUACUGUUUGUUCUUCUGCCAUUUUGGGGCCAGUUUUGCAAUCCACCCUAAUUUCCAGUAGCUGGCUCGUGCCCAUGGGUCUCAAAGGUGGGUUUGGUUCGUUGGGAUACAAUUAUUGGACUGUGGUGGAUGUUCGUGAUUUAGCUGAAGCACUGCUUCUUGCAUAUAAGAAAGCUGACGCUGGAGAAAGAUACAUAUGCACAUCACAUGCAAUGGGGGUGGAGGAAGUUGUGGAGAAAUACAUUAAGAUUUCAUAUCCCACCUACAACUAUUCCGACAAGCUUAGUCACACAGAGGAAGAAGAAGAGAAAGUGAGUUCGGAAAAACUGCAGAAGUUGGGUUGGAGUUACAGACCAUUUGAGGAAACUAUUGCCGAUGCAAUUGAAAACUGCCGGAAGAUCGGUGUCUUGGAUUAGAUAAACUUAACAUCUUAUGCAAUUGAUUUUUAUGUGUACUUAUACUCUACAAUACAAAACUUUGUAUUUCUCUUCCCUGUCUUGGUAAAAGCUCAUAUAGAUAGCUUUUCAGUUUUCCUCCCAAGUAGAAGUAAUAAGUUACAAAUACUAUUGUAACUGUUGGGGCUCUUUUGUGAUUUUCAUCCGGAUUGGGUAAACUUUUGUUGGAUUUAUAAACAUUUUUUCUGUUAGAUUAUCAUGAACUCGUUAAGGUAAUCUGAACUCCAGAAUAUAGAAAUCGGCAUCAAUAUCCUCCCACUGCUGAAUUUGG